AUGGCCUGUCUGACGGCCGCUUUCUCGGUCGGCACCGCCUUGAACACCAGCAGCUACUCUGCAGUGAUGACGGAGCUCAAGUCGGUGUGCGUCUCGGUGGACGAGGUGGUCUCCACCAACACGGAGCUGUGCGAGAAGGAUCUGCUGAACGGGCAUCUGAAGAAAGUGGACAACAACCUCACAGAGGCCCAGCGCUUGUCCUCCCUGCCCCGGAGGACGGCGAUCAACAUUGAAUUCAAGGAUCUUUCCUACUCAGUCCCAGAAGGCCCCUGGUGGAAGAAAAAAGGAUACAAGACCCUGCUGAAAGGGAUUUCCGGGAAAUUCAGCAGUGGGCAGCUGGUGGCCAUCAUGGGUCCUUCCGGGGCCGGGAAGUCCACGCUCAUGAACAUUCUGGCCGGAUACAGGGAGACGGGCAUGAAAGGGACCAUCCUCACCAACGGCAAGCCCCGGGACCUGCGCAGCUUCCGGAAGGUGUCCUGUUACAUCAUGCAGGACCACAUGCUGAUGCCGCACCUCACCGUGCAGGAGGCCAUGAUGGUGUCCGCGCAUCUGAAGCUCAAGGAGAAAGACGAGGGCAGAAAGGAGAUGGUCAAGGAGAUCCUGACAGCUCUGGGCUUGCUGUCUUGUGCCAACACGCGGACCGCAAGUCUCUCAGGCGGGCAGCGCAAGCGCCUGGCCAUUGGGCUGGAGCUGGUGAACAACCCUCCCGUCAUGUUCUUUGAUGAGCCAACCAGCGGCCUGGACAGCUCGUCCUGCUUCCAGGUGGUCUCCCUGAUGAAAGGGCUGGCACAAGGAGGGAGGUCCAUCAUCUGCACCAUCCACCAGCCCAGCGCCAAGCUCUUCGAGCUGUUCGACCAGCUUUAUGUUCUUAGUCAAGGACAGUGUGUGUACCGGGGAAAAGUCUUGAAUCUUGUCCCAUACUUGAGGGAAUUAGGUCUGAACUGUCCAACCUACCACAACCCAGCUGAUUUCAUCAUGGAGGUGGCGUCCGGUGAGUACGGCGAUCAGAACGGCCGCCUGGUGAGAGCCGUCGAUGAGGGCCUGUGCGACGCUGACUGCAGGAAAGAGCCUCCUGCGGGGGAUGGCGAGGUGAACCCCUUCCUCCAGCACCAGCCCUCUGAAGAGGUAAAGCCCACCAAAGGAUGGAAGGGGCGGAGAAAGAAUUCCACUUCCACGGAAAGCUGCCACAGCGUCUCCGCCAACUGCCUCACCCAGUUCUUCAUCCUCUUCAAGAGGGCCCUAUUAACUACCGUGAGGGAUUCGGUCUUGAUGCACCUCCGGGUCACCUCGCACAUUGCCAUUGGCCUCCUCAUCGGCCUGCUCUACUUGGGGAUCGGGAACGAAGCCAAGAAGGUCAUGAGCAACUCCGGCUUCCUCUUCUUCUCCAUGCUGUUCCUCAUGUUCGCGGCCCUCAUGCCCACCGUGCUCACGUUUCCCCUGGAGAUGGGCGUGUUUCUCCGGGAACACCUGAAUUACUGGUACAGCCUGAAGGCCUACUACCUGGCCAAGACACUGGCCGACGUGCCCUUCCAGAUCAUGUUCCCGGUGGCCUACUGCAGCAUCGUGUACUGGAUGACCGCGCAGCCGACCGACGCCGUGCGGUUCGUCCUGUUCGCUGCGCUGGGCACCAUGACGUCCCUGGUGGCGCAGUCCCUGGGCCUCCUGAUUGGAGCUGCCACGUCCCUGCAGGUGGCAAUCUUCGUGGGCCCCAUGACGACCAUCCCCAUCCUCCUCUUCUCAGGAUUCUUCGUCAGCCUUGGCACCAUCCCAACCUACCUGCAGUGGAUGUCCUACAUCUCCUACGUCAGGUACGGGUUCGAGGGGGUCAUGCUGUCCAUCUACGGCAUGGACCGCGCGGACCUGCACUGCGACGUGGAGGAGACCUGCCAUUUUCAGAAGUCGGAGGCCAUCCUGCGGGAGCUGGACGUGGAGAACGCCAAGCUCUACAUGGACUUCAUCGUCCUGGGCAUCUUCUUCAUCUUGCUGCGCAUCAUCGCCUACUUCGUCCUGAGGUACAAAAUCCGGGCCGAGAGGUAG